UUCCCAAUCCCCAAGAUUAUUACGACGAAGAUGACGACGCCGACUUUGUACCCGUUGAACCGUGUAAUGUUGUGCGACCCGGUGAUCCCGAUCUGACCACAUAUGACAUCUUACAUUCGUAUCGUUUCGAUGAGUACCAGUAUGAGGCGCAGGGCGUCACACAAAUCGGCGGUUCGACAGGUUAUCAGCAGGCCUAUCAUAUCAGUGAAUAUUCGAAUAUGACAAUUGAAUCAUCGCGUGCUUUUCCCAAGGGUAUACCCAAUGAAUUUUCAUUUGAGUGUACGUUCCGUGUGCCCCAGCAACAGCCGCGCUACGAAUGGUAUCUGUUCGAGUUGAGCGACUAUGAGUACGAAUCGCAGAUGAGUGUGACAAUAAAUCCGGUCAAUAAUGCCAUUGAAUUUGCAUUGCCGAAAUUUGAUGGCACCCUGCAGACGGUGACAUUUGAGGAAAUUGAGAUCUUUGAUCGUUCAUGGCACAAGGUGAUGUUGGGUGUCAGCCAGGAUGGUGUACGUUUGUGGGUGGAUUGUAAACCCGUGCCGGAUAAUCGUGGCAGCUUCAAGGCCCCCUUGGAUGUUCGUGGUCCCAUUGAUGCCACAGAUGGGGUAUUUACGGUGGCCCGAACAUGUGCCAGUCGGGAAACGGUGCCGAUCGAUUUACAAUGGAUGAUAUUCAGCUGUGACAAAGACAAACCGGCCACAACCAGCUGUGACGAUUUGCCUCAGUACAUUCAAACGAACAGAACUCGGCCCCAAUUUGAAUGGCCAACCACGGCCAGGACUACCACAACAACAACCACACAUUAUCGACCGGAUAAUUAUGAAAGCUCAAGUACUCCCGAACCAUUUAAUUUCAAAUUUUUGGAUACGACCACAGAAAAAACUUGGCAUAUUGGUAGUACUCCAACAUAUCCAUUUAGUGGCAAGGAGGCUUUGACAUGUCCCGAACAGUGUCCACGGGGACCACCGGGUCUGCCGGGACCACCUGGUCUAAGGGGUUUACCAGGUGCUCCGGGUCCAGCAGGUAUACCCGGAAAUCCUGCCCCUUCAAUUGGUAAUUAUGGUCAAUUGGGUAGUGCCAAGGGUGAAAAGGGUGAAGCGGGCUUAAAUGGCUUGCCAGGAUUGCCGGGUAAGGAUGGCAGAAAUGGUGCACCCGGUCUACCAGGUAUGAAGGGUAUUGCAGGUCUGCCCGGACCUCAGGGACCACCAGGAUUUGGUAUACAAGGACCUCCCGGUGAAGUUGGAGAAAAAGGCGAUAAGGGAGAAAGAGGUUUUCCUGGCCUCGUUGGUCUACCCGGACCCCCAGGGCCACCAGGAGUGGCACUUCCUCCCAAUGGCCAGUUUGGUUUGGGAGUUCAAGGUCCCCCUGGCGAACCUGGCACCCCAGGCGAAAAAGGUGACCGUGGUUUACCCGGCUUAGAUGGUGCCGAUGGCCGUCCAGGACCACCAGGUCCACCUGGACCUCCAGGACCAGCAGCAAUACACACCGAAGCCAAUUGGGAAACAAAAAUCGGUCCUCCCGGUAUUAUGGGACCGCCAGGUAUGCCUGGCAAUCCCGGACAACCGGGUCAACCAGGUCCCCCAGGCUUGCCAGGCGCCCCUGGUCUUCCUGGAAUAGCCGCCGAAAGCGGCAAUUAUAAUUUUGAUGAAGGUCGCAUACGUGACAUAUGUAUGGCGGUGGUACGUGAUUAUAUCAGUGAAAUAUCGCAUACGCUAAUGGGACCACCAGGUCCACCUGGACGCAGGGGUAUCAGUCGUCCAGGGCCACCUGGACCUCAGGGUAUUCAAGGUGAACCUGGUCCCCGAGGUCCGCAGGGAGAACGUGGCUACCCGGGUAUAAAUGGCCACCCUGGCACCCCCGGUGAAAUGGGUCCCCCUGGACGAGAUGGCGAAAAAGGUGAUCGUGGUUAUCCCGGAGAAAGUCAUGAAGGUCCCAUGGGACCACCUGGACCUCCGGGUCCUGCAGGUGUGGGCAUGGAUGGUGCCCCCGGCAGGCCUGGUGAACGUGGUGACACCGGUAAACCAGGUGAACCUGGUGUACGUGGACCGCCGGGACAACCUGGCAGCUGUCCCGAUUGUAGUUCCUACAUGGCUGCCUAUACUUAUCCUCUGCAAUUGGCUCAACAGCAAUGGAGCAAUAAAGGCCCGCAAAAUAAUAAGGGGCCACAAAAUUAUUACAACAAAGGACCAAAUUAUUAGAAAUA